UAAAUGAAUAUAUCGUCUCCGUAUAAUCUCUCUCUCCAAACGCCGCCGACGAUGUCGUCUUCAACUUAUUUUCCAAAACGCAUCGCAUGUAUGGAGAUUGUUACAUCGGAAGAAAACAUCGACGAGUCCGUUCCAGUUUUCAAAGUAGUGUCUCGGGAAAAAACUUGCCCUGCUCCCAGGUUCCGGCAUCUUCCGACAGACGACGAUCUUAUUCCUGCGCCAGCGACAGCAAGUGCUUCAAACCUUAGCGACGCAUGGGACGAAACCCUAGUUGUGUCUGGUUUAGUGAAAUACCAAGAUGAGAUAGGCUUGAUCGCCGAUGUAGAGCUUCUCAAGAAGCUUUUUUCGACUCCUUACACUCGAGCUGGAUUAUCCUUGGAAGUUCAGCGCAUUGGGGAUACGCUUGUGUUGAAGCCAUCACCUGGACCUGAGGUUGAUGAAGAUGAAGGAUGUAAAACGCAACUUGAUGAAUCUCUGUAUCAGAGUUUUGUUACGCAAUCGCUGAGGUCCGAAGACUCCGAGGAAUCCAGAAGAAGACUUUUCAUUUGCCAGUUGGGCGACAUCCAGAUGCUUGUGGGCAGUAAGCUGCAUCGGUUCCGCAACGAGGAAGAGUUGGAUGUAAACUUGCUUCUAUUGGAUGUUAGCAAAAGGUUGUCACGUUUGCCCUGGCUUGAAGCGUGGCUUCAGAACAUCAUGACAGAUGUGCCAGAGUUAGGAGUUUGUCACCAUGAUAAUGGCGUUUUGAAAGGAUACGAAUACUUAUCCACUUCGGAGAUUUGCUCAGUAAAACAAACCUCGGCGUACAUUGUUCAGCAAAACGCUCAUCAGAUUCUGUCUUUCCUUCGAUCAAAUUGCAAGGACGAUCCUGGACUUUACUGGCUCUACCGAAGUCCAGGUGAAGAUGUGAUUCAACUUUUUCAUUUUUCAUCAAAGAACCAUUCUUCAGGCGAGGGAAUCACCUGCACAACACAUUUGACAUCCAAGAUGAGAACUGACUCGAUGUUUUCCUUGGGGAAACUGCUUCACAAGCUUGCCCUGUCUGUGGAGGCUGAAGCUCCCAUCAAGUGUGCGACUUUCCUCACUAAAUGUCUGAAUGUCUUGGAUGAGCAAGAACAUAUGGUUGUUCGGUCAGAUGCCCACGAGCUCUUUGCUAGGCUCCUUCUGAAGAGACAAGCUGAUUUCAUUUCCGAGUGUAAGGAGGGCGUUCAAGGUCAAGUGAUGAUUGAAUUCAAGCUAAACGACAACUAUUCGUGUUGUUAUGAAGCUGUUCCUUUGUCUGUGCCAGAGACAGUUCCCAUUCUGGUCUUACCGAAGUACCUGGCAGUCUAUCAUGUCCGUCAAGCCGUUAAUUCCCUUAUGUGGUCACAGCAGCUUCAACCGGCUUCGGAAGCGUUAACCCCUAAACUGUCGAGUCAGCUUCAUCUUCAAUGCGAAGCUGGGCUGUCUCUAGGUGCUGCUUACCUUGAAGCUAAGCAGCAGUUGCAGGGAGCUUUCAACAUUAUAAACCAAGCUUGCCGUUCUCAUAUUUCAUUGCCAGAAAAGCCCCACGGUACUGUGUUCAUUUCUUCCAUGGAACUACCCUUCUUGGCGGAAUCGUGGUUUGUUGUGGGCGAUCUGUUUGCCCUUUGUUACGGAGAACCAGUAGGCGAGUUCAAAUUGACCCCGUCAGAUUUGGGAAACGUGCUAGAAGAGACAACAACAGAGGACAGAAUACUCAAGUUUCUCAAAUCUCCUCUAUCCGUUGGUGUGGUGGAGAACCUGGUGGAUGCUGGUAAAUGCUAUAAAGAAUGUCUAACUGCAAUUCGGAAGCUUCCAGAUGGCAAGUUUGUUCAGACUCUUACUGAACACUUGGGGAGCCUACAUAUAAAACUUGGUGACUUGCUUUCCCGGGUCGGAAACUUCGUGACUGCUAAAGACGCGUAUGAUGCUGCGAUUUACGCUUUCAAAGAAGCAAAGGCACAUGUUGGUCCUGCUCAAGAGGAGAAGGUUAGGGUCUACAAGUACCUGGCGGAUGCAUAUUUCAGCUUAGGAUUGUGUUUAGCAAAGGGAAUGAUGGAUGAUGGUUGUGCCAGGCAGAAUAUAAGAGAGGCUUUGAACUUAUAUGAAGGGGAUGUUUUGUGUAAUACAUGCGCAGAGGAAACUGCUAAUGCUUUCUUGGAGCUAGCGCAAUGUUUUCAAACAUCCUGCAUGAGGCUUUAUAAAAGCAACCAGUGGAAAACAGCCUCGUCUUUCGCUUCGUUAGCUCUUGGUAAUUGGCAAAAGUCAUCGUUAUAUUAUAACGCCGAGAAUUUUCCCGAGAAGUUCUUGGCCACGCUUACAGAUAUGGCCACUUUCUCCUUGAAACUUCCUAACUCGCACCCGAAAGCAGCUUUGGAUAUUCUUCUCGAUGGCCGUCACGUUUCCGAAACAACAGCAAAAGGUUCGGAAUCCUGGAACCUAUUCUGGAAUAAAUUGAGGGAGGUUCUACUGUCAAUGUUGCACCAAGCAAAAAAGGCGGAGGACAAAAACAUUGAGAAACUGAGUGAAAUAUAUCUAAGGUCGCUUCGCAGUAAUGAUCGGACAUUCUUGACAGAAACCCACGCGGAGAUCUCGGUGUUACAGAAAAGAGUUUGACACAAUACAUUGUAGUGGGUGCUUUUAUCUUUGUAGUGGUGCUUUUAUCUUGAUGUUUGACACAAUACAUUGUUUUCUCUUUUCCAUUUGUUCAAUCUUAGAGAGUGUUUGACAGGGUUCCCAAUCUCUCUGAAUCAUUAAUUCCCCUGUUUUGUUUUGUCUU